AUGAACUGGGGCUUACAACGAUCAUGCAUGUUAGUCCACCCAUGAUAGCCCCACUAUCUGAGACUCCCUGGCGCGACACUGCAGAGAUCCCGGGGCUGCGCCAUAUUUAGCCAAUUGAUCGACGCGCAAAGGCCCAGAUCAACGAUUCCGAACUCCGGGUCUGGUCCGGGCUGCUGCUGCUGCUGCUGCUAAUUUGGACGCUAUAUCCCGCAAGAGUGCAAUUCAGCUCCGCUUUCGUAUCCUGCAAGUUCACUUCGCUCCCACUCCUGCUCCUGCCACGCUCGAGAAGUUUGGUGGCUGAAUUUACCGCGGCAUCGCGGGCCCCUUCGUGGGGACUAGCUCAGCCUGCUCGGUACCAAUUCCCCGAGCGAUUACAACAGAAUAGCUUAUGUCGCUCUGACGCUUCUUCUCAGUCAGUCAAGCAGAUGGACGAGGUCUACCGGAGACUACCGCUACCUUUGCAGCUGCAAGGAUCACGCCUCUCUCGGGAAAUAUGCUUCUAGAAUUCGACAUUCUGGUAGAUUUUGAGGCUUUGGAGACUUACAAGUUGAGGUCUCCUGCCGAUCACUCAUUCGCUCCACAUCUUUGCAUUUACGACGACUGAGAGCGAGAGAGAGAGGGGGAGAGAGAGAGAGAGAGAGAAAGAGAGAGGAGCGGGAUGGAGAACACUAAUCUGGGAGUCGCAGCAGCUGCUCGACAUCCAUUCAAUAUGUCCACUUCACUUCGUUCUCAGAUUGCAUCGGCGGGCCAGGAUAUAACGCAGGAAAGAAGGUGGUAGUCCCCUUUCUCGAGGAUUUACGAAAAUUCACCUCGACCGCGGCAUUUAUCGCCAAUUUCCGGUUCUGACAGAAUCGCGCAGAAUGGCGGCAGCAGGAGUUGCUUACAACCAAAAGCAGAAGAGCUACGGCCAAGGGUUGAACACAACUUCAGUAGUCGGCAACAAAGCUGUGCCGACCGCGAAUUCCAAGCCGAACCGAACAGUCCACUCGAAUGGGCGGCCUCCCACCAUUCCCAAUCUGCAAAAGGUCGUCGAGCUAAAAGUACCUCUAUGCUGUCAAGGAUGUGAAGAGAAUGUGCGAUUCGAGCUGACAUCCCUGGAUGGAGUGAACGAGAUCAGCGUCGAUAUGGAAACACAAAAGGUGAUCGUCAAAGGCGACAUUCAAGCGUCCACCAUCCUCAGAACUGUCAAGAGGGUGGAGAAUCGUGCAGAGUUCUGGAAGAACUCUGAGCCACGAAAGCACGACUCCACAGACGGAUCCCGACGUUAAGGUCUCAGACGAAGAAACAUAUAAUAACAACGAGAACGAUGCCAAGUCUACAAAGCAGCAGCCAGCAGCCAGCAGCAGCAGCAGCAAGCAAGCACGCACUCACUCACUCACUCGGACCCACAACCUCAACAGCAGCGCCGCAAGCUGGCGUUCUAUCGUUCGUGGGCUGGGACUAGACCAGACCAGACCAUGCUGGAGUGCCAAAGCGCACAAUGAAUGAAUGUUUCGAGCUAGAAGCAUGAAGGUGCUACGCUAUUACAGUGCGAUGCCAGCUUUUUCUACCAGAAUUCUCAUAAUUCCAGCUCAUAGAUUCUCGCCCCCGAUCUUCAGCUUCAUGUGCGCGCAAUCAGUGUCCGUCCCUCGUCCUCCUCCUCUCCCUGAGUCGCAGUCGCAGUCGCAGUCCCAUCGUAGUCAUAGUCGUAGUAGUAGUAGGCCGCCCGGGCUCACUAUGUGCUUGACCAUCUGAUUCAAUGUACAGGAACGUUGGUUUUCUUCUAGUGUACACUAUUGGAGCUUCCCGUCCAUUCCCCAUGUCUGGAGAAUAAACACCAUGUCCGCGCACGUCGGGACUUGCAGCACCGAUCGAUGGAACGAAGAAUCGGGUUCCCCUUGUCACCUCUCCUCACCUCUCGUCACUCUCGUUUCUCAACUCCGGCGAAUUUCACCAUUCAUUCAUUCUUUCUUUAUUAAACUACGCACCACGAUCUUUCAAUUAGGAGCUGUGAGUGAAGUUCACGUCGCUUGCUGGCACAAUUUCUCAGCGAGUAAUGCAGCAGAGACGGAUGGAUGGGCCGGUGGAGUCUAGCUGAUUGGAGUCUUUAGACCGACCGUGGGUGGCCAUUUCUCCACCUUCUCCAUCUUCUCCUACUCUUACGUUUGAUCAUACGAAGCUGUUUGUCACACAUAUACCUUCUUCGAGUUUGGCUUGUGAUUUAAGAUGGAUUAUGAGAAUGGGAAAGAACUUGAGCCUGUUCCAAGAACAUUCACAUCGCUCAAAUCUUUUUCGGGUCAAUACAUGGCGCAUCC